GAGACGCGAUUAUAUAAAUGGCAUGCACUUUCCCUCAUCUCCUGUGGAAUGCAGUCAGAGCUGUUUUUUCGAACACUUACUGCUUAAAAGUUUACUAUAAUGGGAACUUUAAAAAAAGUCCUGAUAGCUAGUUUGUGUGUGGCUUUCCUCGCUGUCAAGUGGUCUGCACCUGGCUUUGAUGCAGAAUCUCUCAGAGGGGCCAGAGUGUUGGUGACUGGGGCUAGUACUGGUAUUGGAGAACAAAUGGCUUAUCACUACGCCCGCUUUGGUGCACAGAUAGUGAUAACAGCUAGGAGGGAGAAAGUUUUACAGCAGGUGGUAGAGAAGUGCCAGAGUUUGGGGGCCCAGAAAGCCUUCUACAUAGCUGCAGAUAUGGCCAGUGAGUCUGACCCUGCCAAUGUGGUAGACUUUGCUUUGGAGAAGCUUGGUGGGUUGGACUACCUGGUUCUCAACCACAUAGGCCCAAGCCCCUUCAGCAUGUGGGAGGGAGACGUGGAGCACACCAAGUGGCUCAUGCAGGUCAAUUUUUUCAGUUAUGUUCAGAUGGCUUGGAAAGCUUUGGACUCCCUAGAGCAGAGUAAAGGAGCACUGGUGAUAGUAUCAUCACUUCUAGGUAAAAUGGCCAGUCCCUUUGUUGCACCGUAUACCUCAACAAAGUUUGCCUUGAAUGGUUUCUUUGGAGCCCUUCAUCAUGAGCUGGCCAUGAAAAAGAGUAAUGUGUCCAUCUCUAUAUGCACACUGGGGCUCAUCGAUACUGAAGCAGCCAUGGACAAAGUUCGGGGGAUCACUAACGUACCAGCCUACCCAGCCACAGAUGCAGCCUUGAACAUCAUCAUUACGGGAGCUACAAGACAGACUGACCUAUUCUACCCUUGGUUUACCCAAGCUGUGACUCUCAGCAAAGACUGGUUCCCAUCCCUCACAAGCUAUAUAAUCCAGAAGUCCUACAACUACAGCCCAUGACAUACUUCAUCCGUAAAAAUGCUGCUGUGGGACGCUGUGUAGAAUGACAAAGAAAAACAACAGAAUUUGAUGGUUUGCAAAUCAUUUAAACCCGGGUUUAAACGCCGGGUACUCUGGCUUCCUCCCAGAAUCCAAAAAACAUUGUCUCCAGUUUAAUUGGUUACGCUAAAUUGCAUCUAGGUGUGAGUGUGUGUGUGAAUGGUUGUCUGCCUUUCAAUGUUUGCCCUGUGAUAGGUUGGUGACCUGUAGAGGGUUUACCCUGCCUGCUGCACAAAGUCAGCUGGGAUAGGCCCAAGCCCCCGUGACCCCUGAUGGGAUAAGCGGUCAAGAUAAUGGAUGGAUGGGUAGAUGGAAGGUUUAUUUUUUCAGGGAAGACUUUGCACAUUUUAAUGCAAGGCGAUGCGACACUACAUUCUGCAAAUAUUUCAACAGCAUGGUAUUGUGGUAGAAGAGUCCAGGUGCUAAACUGGCCUGCCUGUAAAAAAUGUAAAACAUUUGGACCAUCAUGAAAAGAAAAAUUUGACUAAGGGGACUUCAACCUGUUGAGCAGCUGAAAACCUAUAUCAGGCGAGACAUUUCUCUUUCAAAGCUCCAGAAACUGGUCUCCUCUGUCCCCAAACAUUUACAGUGUGUUUUAGAGACAGAGGUGAUGCAACACAUUGGUAAACAUGACCCUGUCCACAUUUUUUUCAAAUUGUGUUGCUAGCACCAAAUUUACAUUUAAAUGUUUUUAAGUUUCAACAAUGAAUAAGUAGUCUUUGCAUAAUUUUUAGGAGUGAGCCCGACUAAGGAUUUGCUUAGUCGAAUCUGAUUCAUCAGAUUUUGCCCAUAGUCGACGAAUAGUCGAAUGUUUGUUGUUUUUCCU